AUGCUGCAGCAGCAGCUGCAGCAGGAGAUGCAGCAGCUGCUGCAGCAGCAGCUGCAGCAGGAGAUGCAGCAGCUGCUGCAGCAGCAGAUGCAGCAGCAGCUGCAGCAGCAGCUGCAGCUGCAGCUGCAGCUGCAGCUGCAGCAGCAGACAGUGACGGGCACAAAAUGCCUGCCGCAACUAAUGGAGCAACGAAGUUCUAAACGAGACUAA